UCCGCCCAGUUUUCCGAUGUUCAUUGCUCGAGUUGAAAAUGGAGUUCGAUUAAAGCAGAUGUCCAACAACUUCUUCGGGAAAAUGUAACUCACUGUAUUUGCCUUUUGUAUGUCAAUUUCUUAAUAUAAAUUAUGUUGUCCAUUUUUCUAACUGUGGAGGCUAUAAUUCAACGUACACCGACACACUGACGGACCAACCAGCGCUUUUUAAGUGUUGUCCUGGACCUGAAGUUGGAGAGGGGAAUGCUCGAUAACUAGCCACUAAUAAAGUGCCAAAUGUCGGUUUUAUUUUGUACACUUUUUAGCAUCUGAACGCAUUGGAUUUCGUUUUACCGAAGAGGAUGACGAAGAUGUGCAUUUUGUUGAGGUUGGAUUUUACUUCCAGGGAAAAUAAAAUUAAUAAUCGGUUGUCACUCCUCGCAAUUGAGUUACACAAUUAGCUAGGCUACUUGGUUUUCCUAAAAGAGCUCAGUUAUGCAUGCACCAUUGUAAGACAAUUAACUUUUAUACAAUAUCUAGUGAUUUUAUGCGAAAGAAAAUGGUGAUAUUUGCGGUUUAUUUCCCCGCCGUCACUGCGUCCUCGAUGCUAUUUCCAGGAUUUGGAUCCCCGUGAGAAAAAAUGAGCGAAGAUUCAACAAAUCCAAACGAUGACUGCAGCAGCACAACACAUAAGAUGGCCAACAUAUGAUGCAAUUGAAGAUCAAGGAAGAUGGUGGGAAAAGAACAUGACAGUUAUGCGCGUGUGAGAGCAGUGGUCAUGACUCGGGAUGACUCCAGUGGUGGGUGGCUGCCUCUGGGAGCUGGGGGCCUCAGCUGCGUCACCGUCUACAAAGUCAGCCGGACACCGGACAGUGACAGCAGCAACACAGCAGACUUCCUCAUCAAGGGGGAGCGGCUCAAAGACAAAUCGGUUGUUCUGGAGUGUAUUCUAAAGAAGGACCUGGUCUACAACAAGGUCAACCCCAUAUUUCACCAUUGGAGGAUCAACGACAAGAAGUUUGGCCUGACCUUCCAGAGUCCUGCAGACGCCAGGGCCUUUGAUAGAGGGAUCCGCAGGGCCAUCGAGGACAUCAACCAAGGCUGUCCUGCGUUUGACGACUCGGACUCUCUUGAAGAUGGAUUACAGCCCCUGUGUGAGGCGCUGCCCUCCAUCUGUACGCCAAUGAAGGAGCCCUUUUCCCCCCUGAGUGUCCACAAUGUGGUGUCCACUGAACCCUACCGGGGCUGCUACGUCCGCGCUCAGCCCUUUGACCAGUUUCCCUCCAGCAACCACCACUACCUGCCGCCUCAGGUGUCCUUCCAGUCUACGCGCCAUGUGAGCUUUCACAUGGAUGAGGAGGAGAUUGUAAGGAUCAACCCUCGUAAGGAUGUUCUGAUUCGCGGCUAUGAGGACUACCGCCACCCAGUCAUGUGGAAGCAGGAGGCAGAGCGAGAGGACCCUGACUUCCCUGCACUGUUCCACAAACUGGACAGCAAGAAGUGUGAGUACCUCUUCCCCGAGGGGCCGGGCAUGGAGUCCCACUCAGGCCCUGGGAGUAUGGGCAUGGGCACAGGACUGGAGCUGGGGCUGGGUAAAGACUCCUCCAAGGUGCAGCCCUCACCACUGCUCAAAUCCAAAAAAGGGCGGCGGAGGCGGGAAGACGGGGAGCGUUCUCGCUGCAUCUACUGCCGGGAAAUGUUUAACCAUGAGGACAACCAGCGGGGCCAGUGCCAGGAUGCUCCUGACCCCAUCAAGCAGUGCAUCUAUAAAGUCAGCUGCAUGCUUUGUGCCGAGAGCAUGCUGUACCACUGCAUGUCCGACUCGGAGGGAGACUUCUCGGACCCGUGCUCGUGUGACACGGCUGACGAGCAGUUCUGCCUGCGCUGGUUGGCCCUGACGGCACUAUCCUUCAUCGCUCCCUGUAUGUGCUGCUACCUGCCUCUGAGAGCAUGCCACCACUGUGGGGAGGCCUGUAGAUGCUGCGGGGGCAAGCACAAGGCCGCUGGGUGACCUGACUGAACUCUGACCCCUCACCCGGGAUGACCUACCCACAACACAGCUAGCUGACACAGGAAAGCGGAAAAAAGCUGGGUAGUCAACUGCCGGCAACCUUGUUUUUCAUUCACCUCAGAGGGGGUGACAUGUUGUUGUAGACGCCGGGCUCUGGAGGUCUUUUGUGUCCUUCGACGCAGAGAGCAGCGGAAGACUAACCUUGUGCUUUACGGGCUCUGAGCGUGAAGUAGAGUUCAGGAGCUGAACGCGAGGAGAAGGCAUUGAGACUAGCAGACAUGGAAAUAUUAUUAAACAAACGCACUCUUACUCACACUCGUACAUAAUACACACAACAACCAGGCCACCAUGUCACUCUCCCUACAAUUAAUGUGUAACUUUAUGAAGGAAUAUUGUCUUUUGUACAGAGAGCAGCAACAACACAAUAACAACAGCAAAAAAAGAAACCAAAACAUUUGUGCAUACAGAAAACAAAACAUUUGUGCAUACAGAAAACAAAACAUUUGUGCAUACAGAAAACAAAACAUUUGUGCAUACAGAAAACAAAACAUUUGUGCAUACAAAAAACAAACCAUUUGUGCAUACAGAAAACAAAACAUUUGUGCAUACAGGCAUACAGAAAACGAAACAUUUGUGCAUACAGAAAACAAAACAUUUGUGCAUACAGAAAACAAACUUGAAGUCUGCUAAAAGGGAUAUGUUGUUGUGAACUUGUAGUUGGGUAACAUUGGCAGGUGCUUUAUGACUCGAGCAUUCGCUGACGGUGUAAUUGUUAGAGAAGGUGCACUAGAAAUGUUUAUCCACCUUCACACAAUUCUAAUGGUACAUUAACCCUAAGACCAUUCUUAUUGAGUCAUUUAACAGUUGCUGUGGUGGAUGUGUAUGUGUCCUUAUUUUUCCUAUUCAUCAAAUGUUGAACAAAAAAAGAAGGUAACACCUUUUUAUCUUUUGCUGGUACAGUCUGACAUAGCUAGAUGUUAGAAUGAUUUCCUUGUUUUGGUAAGGUGAUUUGGACCACUUAAUUGCAUUCCAACAUAGUGAUCAAUUCCAUGAGCAGGAGCGAAAAUAUGGUAAUGUCUUUUGCAGUCCUCCAUCCCCCGAACUAGUCAAGAAUUAAUGUUAGCACUUCUUGACUCACCUUCCAUGAGACCAAAAUUACAGGUACUUUACCAGAUUUUCUAUUUUGACUCCAUCACAUCUUCGCUUCAUGGUAAAACUGUUGUUUUUUAUUUAAAGCUGAAGUUUUUCCUCAACCAGCAAGUUUUUCUGUUUAAUGUUGGUGAGUAAGGGGUCUUGAGUGCCCCUUUGUUGAACAAGGCACUUAAAUUAGACUAGUUUGGGGAAAACCGUUUGUUUUUAUUAGUCUGAAACUAGAAUUUAACAACUAAAACUCUUUUUUUGUGUGCGAAAAGCCAACCUUGAAAGCACUGGUCUCCAAGCUUUGGUUACAGCACCAUCUUCAAAUUUCAAAAGUACUUGAUGUCUGUCCCCUUGUGAUUUGAAGCAUUUGUAACGAGUCAAAUGUACUACUGUUAAGUCAUUUUGCAGCUUGUCCACGGUAAGUCAGAGAAUACAUAGUUUAACAUUGGCCAAGUCAUGAAUGAACAGGUACCUCAUUUUAAAUGUCAAAGGGCAUUUGCCUAUAGGUAAUUAUAGCAUAUGGGUAUGAUUGUUUGUUACACACUAUAUGUGCAUAGGUCUUCAUAUGCAGUGAGAUGUCAAGCACAGUGAUCAUAGAAACUGAUAACUAUGUUGACUCGUUGUUACAAACCUGACUUUGUUGAAAGCUGAUGGGGAGAUGCAGUAUGAAGGUCCUUGUUGAAAUCCAUAUUUCACUCCGAGGAACAUAGCCACAAUAACUGUAGACAUACCUCUGGUUGUAUUCAUUUGAUGCUGCGUCUUUAAAAGACAGUAUGUUAUUGCUAAUUCCACUGUUUUAAGAAAUCUGUCUGCCUGUGUUCCGGAAUUGUUUUUGAGAACAAAGACAUUUGUUUCUUUGAUCAUUUAGGCCAGCGGUGUCGGUCAUUCCACGGAGGGUUGAGUGUCUGUGGGUUUUUGUUUUUUUCCUUUCAAUUAAGACCUAGACACCCAGGUUAGGGGAGUUCCUUACUAAUUAGUCAUCAAUCAAGUACAAGGGUGGAGCAAAAACCCUCAGACACUCUAUGGAAUGAGUUUGACAUGUGAUUUAGACAAAAUCAUUAUCAAAAGGAUUUAAAAUCACGCCUAUUUAAAAAGCUUGUCAUUACAGCCCUGUACUGUAACCAAUAGAUAUGCACACCAUCCCCCGGACCACCCCUUCUUGAGAAGGACGUGGCAACCCAGUCGUCGCCAGACUGUAUGGGGGCAGUCAACUUCUUCCAUAUCCCUCUCUUAUGCCCCAUGCGAGGUACCAACCAACACUCUUUACUUUCUAUGCAAACUGUUGACCAUGAGAAACACAUAGACCUCUCCACACUGAGUCAGUGACAGGACACUUUACUAACGCUAUGUAGACGUUACCCCAGGUACUAAACUCCAAGCACCUAUAAAUAAGUAACACUAUAUUUAAAUACCGGAUCAGAAUCCCAUUUUGUUUUUUGGAAAUUAAGAGAUGUAUUUGUCAUUGCUGUCAGCAUAUACUGUAGCUUCAUGUACAUAGGUCACCUUUUAGUAUUAUUUCACAUUGAAAGUGGAGGGCGUUCGUGAUGGAAAUGACAAUUGAGCUUUUAAUGGAGUUUCAUUCUAGUUUUCUAUGAAGGGAGGAAGGCUAGAAUGCUAACAUGGUACAGUUGUGGCAGUCCACUUAUUUAAAAAAAAAAAAAAAGUUUAUAUAUAUAUAUAAAGCUGCUAGAUACAAUCACUAAUAUUUUUAUUGAUUUGAGAGAAAAGUCAGCACCUAGUUCCUAUGACCGCAUAUAACUGUGUGUGUGCGCUCAUUUGGUUGGUUUAUCAAUGUUUUUAUUCUCCCAUAUUGUAAUUUGGAUUGCCCUGCAUAUUUCAAGCUGAACCCAAGAUUAGAUUAACCCGAUUUUAAAAACUUGCUGGCUGAGGAGUAAAGUGUAGGACGUACAUUCAUACAAGUUUAGCUGAGAGAUACUGAAAUCAUCUGUUUCAUUCUGCAUUAACCAGCACAGUGUAACUCGCUAUCAUGUACUGUAUUAUAUAUGCAACAUGUUUGUCUGCUUUAAUAUAUUUAUGUUUUACCUGUCAGUUAACUUUGCAUAAGACUUCAGUUCUUAACCACUUUGCUGCUAGUCUUUUAUUCUUCUUUCAGUCUUGGAAAGUGUGCAUAUUUUUGGAAUGCUUAAAAAUGUACAUUCUUGACUUUGUCUGCGUUAAAAAGAAAUGCCUAUAUAAACGUGUUCAGUGUAUUGCUUAAAAGGGUUUCUUUUCACAGCAGUUGAGUGGUUACUUUUCAAUUCUCCAAUGCUUUGGUGCACUGAUGAUGUAUGUAGGUUUUUUUCUUACAGCGCUUGAUGAUGUAACAUUUCUGUGAUUAGUUCUAAAUUGUGGAAAACAUUUGUGUUUUGUAAAUUGCAGUAUAAAUGGUACUCUUAAUUCUUCUGUGAACACUGCCUGUUUCCUUUCUUUCUCAUGCCUCUUUUCUUUCAGUUUCUUAGUGCCAUUGGCUUCACAUCCUGACAACCUUGAAAAAGUGCCUCACGUCCAUCAUAGUUUCCAUCUAAAACUUAACAGCUCUUGUUCUGGUUAUAUUGGUUUAUAUAUGUCUAGGUAUUUCUACCAUGGUUUGAAAAUUCUAAGUAUAUGAUGUAAAAUGUAUAGUUCAAUAACUCAUGUCAUAGUUGUAUUUUCUUUAUACAGAUGUAACUUGUUACUUUUCAUAAAUAUAUAAUGUAAAUAUGCAUACACUUGUAAUUUGUCAUAUCAAAUAACAUUAUCAUAAUAAAAUGGUGAGUUUUAA